GCUGCUGGUAAGGCAGAGCGUUAGCAGAACCGUCGCGACUUCUGCAUGUGAACUUGCUGCUGGAGCUGCUGCUGUAUAACCAAUUGCGAGUUGAAGUAGUACCGAGUUCAGUGCCGUUGGAAUCCCAGCUAUCGACCACAGAGACCUUCCAUACCGUCGAAGAAGUGCCGAAAUCGGAUUUUGAAAGUUUUCCUAGGGAUAAUAAUUCGACAUAAGCGGUGUCCGUCUGAUACCGCGCCUGUGUUUGCGAAGUUUGGAAAAAUCUACGGUCUGGAGCAUAACACACCGACGAUGGCAAACGAAGAAAUUCCCGAGAUCGAGCUUAUCAUCAAGGCUUCAACCAUUGACGGCCGACGAAAAGGAGCGUGCCUCUUCUGUCAGGAGUAUUUCAUGGACCUCUAUCUCCUGGCUGAGCUGAAAACCAUCUCUUUGAAGGUGACCACUGUAGACAUGCUGCGUCCUCCACCCGAUUUCCGAUCAAACUUCGAUUCGACUCCGCCCCCGAUCCUGAUCGAUAAUGGGCAGGCUGUUCUCGAAAACGAGAAGAUCGAACGCUACAUCAUGAAGAACGUCCCUGGAGGACAUAACCUAUUCGUGCAGGACAAAGAGACCGCCACUGUCAUCGAGGACUUGUACAGCAAAUUCAAGCUGGCCCUUGCGAAGAAAGAUGAUGCUUCCCGGGGCUCCCUCCUCAAGCAAUUGCGCAACAUUAAUCAGCAUCUGGCCGAAAGAGGUGACCGUUUUCUGACAGGAGACACCAUGUGCUGUUUCGACUGUGAGCUCAUGCCGAAACUCCAGCAUAUACGCAUCGCCGGAAAGUAUUUCUUCGAGUUCGAAAUCCCCCACGAUUUAGCCGCCCUGUGGCGCUACAUGGGUCAAAUGUACAACCUGGACGCAUUCACACAAAGCUGUCCCGCGGACCAGGACAUCAUCAACCACUAUAAGCAGCAAAUGCAUGUGAAGUUGUCUCGACACGAGGAACUUGAGACACCAACAUACACCAACUCGACCCCGACAGAAGCGUCGAUGAACGGCAACGGCCAUGCGCAAGUCAAUGGCAACGGGAACGGACACAUCAGUCCUUCGACCUUGGAGUAAAUUCACUUCAUCGCUCCGCAAGCUCAUGUGUGAGGCAGGCUCUGCCACCUUCAUUUCGUUCGAUUAGUCCCCACCAUCUGAGAUCGAUGAGAUGCUGUUACUGUUAUCAAAAGAGAAAGGGAGAAGAAAAUACUUCUGAGCAAAAUCUAGUUUGACUUCCGAUUUCCUUGGCUGUAUACGGAUUCGGCUCUGAGCGUCGGAAUUAUUAUCUGCUUGGGAUCAGGGAACAUGUUCUAGAGUUGGAGCAUUUUAAUUAUUAUUACAGUCUGAGUGAAGAUGGUAGCGUGAGUGUGUAUAGUGGUGGCCAGAAUAGACAGCAACGAGCUUCUCAUGUUCCACUUCAGUCGGUUAGCCGAUCGGAUACGCGUUUUCCAACGGAACCAGAAAGAUUCCAGAUCGAUCAGGAGUUCUCUCUUGAUAUCGGGACGAUUUCGGCGUCGGCUCCCGAGGCUAACUACUUUAAGGAAAAUAAUAUAUUGAUAAAUAAUAAGAUUGAGCAGAGGAACCACACAUCAAGGAAUUAGAAACACGAUUGGAUCGCAAGACGACGCGAGCUACCCGCAGUUGUGUUGCUGCCUGAGACCGCAUGUAGAUAGUUCGCGCUAUAGAUAGCCAGUGUCAGACACGUUUCCCGAAUGAAUACUGGAUGUACGUAGCUGCGCGAACACGGAACACGGACCCUCAAGGUAUACAGGAGGGCCAACCCUGAAACAAUAUCAUAUAUGGUACAUACAUAGCACAUAAGUAGAAAUCUGGACCUUGAGCCUCGUAGAAGCCCCGACCUUCGGUCGGGGAGCCGAGCUAGUAGUGCCCAUACCUAGGUAGAGCGCUCGAAGUUGAUCAUGUCAGAAAUCUAUACCAAUCAAGUGGUAUUUUAUCCAAGAUAUUUUCACGGCAGCUGAUUGCCCUCUGUUUUUCGACCUUCCUCUAGUCCGACUGCAGUUCGCUUGAUGGUCUCUUGAUAUUCCCAAGGAAAUGUUCAAGACCCCAUAUCGGUCAGAGAAGAGAAGCGAGUGGAACCCGGUAUCAAUUUAUAGGUGAUAUAUUGCUAAUGGUCGAAGGAAAUUUAGCCGAUGGAGAAGUAGGAUGGACAUCAAGCUGAGCUUGGGAGGCGGACGACUUGGGACCUCCAAUCAGUUGCCCGAUUCCGAGUACCUGGGUUUCCGAAGACAUCUAGACAACCCCACAGGCAGUAGAGUUUCUCUGUGUUUGGGUUGAUUCCUGUAUUCCGAAAUAUCACUGGUUACCUGAAGAAAGCAUUAUAACACCCAACGAUUAUUAUUGGUCGACAUAUACCGAUUAAAGCCUCGAUAGAUCAAA